AUGACCGGUGAUGUGACGAUUGAACCCAAUGGUGCUUGCCGUGCUGACACCUCUCUCUUUGUCUUUCAUCAGCAGUCUGGCAUUAUCUAUUUGCUUCUUUGUGUUGGUGAUAUUAUUAUUACUAGCAACAACUCAUCUCUUCUUGACAGUUUUACUCGCAAGCUUCAUUCUGAGUUCGCCACCAAAGAUUUGGGUUCUCUCAGUUACUUUCUUGGUCUUGAAGCUUCACCCACUCCUGAUGGUCUCUUUCUCAGUCAGUUGAAAUAUGCACGGGAUAUCCUCACUCGAGCUCAGCUGCUUGACAGCAAACCUGUUCACACCCCAAUGGUUGUUUCUCAACACCUUUCUGCUGAUGGUCCUCCUUUUUCGGAUCCCACUCUCUAUCGAUCUCUUGUUGGUGCCCUUCAGUACUUGACCAUCACGCGUCCAGAUAUUGCCCAUGCUGUCAAUUCUGUUAGUCAAUUUCUGCACGCCCCUACAACAGAUCUCUUCCUUGCUAUUAAGCGUAUUCUUCGCUAUGUCAAGGGUACACUUCACUUUGGCCUUACCUUUCGUUCGUCUACCGUUCCUAGUACUCUAGUAGCUUACUCGGAUGCCGAUUGGGCAGGAUGUCCAGAUACUCAUCGUUCCACCUCAGGCUACUCUAUUUAUCUUGGCAACAAUAUGGUUUCUUGGAGUGCCAAGAAGCAACCGACUGUCUCAUGCUCCAGUUGUAAAUCUGAGUAUCGUGCCCUUGCAAUGGCUGAGUAG